CCGGAGCCCUGAGGGGCUGCCUGCCCCGACUCCACCAUGAACGUCGCGCUGCAGGAGUUGGGCAGCGGCGGCGACAACAUGGUGGAGUACAAACGGGCCACGCUGCGGGAUGAAGACGCACCUGAGACCCCCGUAGAGGGCGGGGCCUCCCCAGACGCCGUGGAGGUGGGCAAGGGGGUUCUUUCUUUCUCACCAGGCCCCAGCCCUGGCAUGACGACGACUGGCACACCCAGGAGCUCUGGGCUGCCCUGGAGAGUCAUCUGUCCCCACCUCCGCUUGGUCUCUGGCCUCUGCGCUAGGACUAUGGUGGGAUUCCAGAAGAGAAAAAGACAGUUCUUGGGCUCGCACACCCAGAUGGAGCUGAUCUUGGCAGGUGUCUCUCUACUGAUGGCUGCACUGCUUCUAGGCUGCUUUGUGGCUCUGGGGGUUCAGUACCACAGAGACCCAUCCCACAGUACCUGCCUCACAGAGGCCUGCAUUCGAGUGGCUGGAAAAAUCCUGGAGUCCCUGGACCGUGGAGUGAGCCCCUGUGAGGAUUUUUACCAGUUCUCCUGUGGAGGCUGGAUUCGGAGGAACCCCCUGCCUGAUGGGCGUUCUCGCUGGAACACCUUCAACAGCCUCUGGGACCAGAACCAGGCUGUACUGAAGCACCUGCUUGAAAACACCACUUUCAACUCCAGCAGUGAAGCUGAGCGGAAGACACAGCGCUUCUACCUCUCCUGCCUGCAGGUGGAACGCAUUGAGGAGCUGGGAGCCCAGCCCCUACAAGACCUCAUUGACAAGAUCGGUGGUUGGAACAUUACCGGACCCUGGGACCAGGACAACUUCAUGGAGGUGCUGAAGGCAGUAGCAGGGACCUACAGGGCCACUCCCUUCUUCACUGUCUACAUCAGUGCUGACUCUAAAAGUUCCAAUAGCAAUGUUAUCCAGGUGGACCAGUCUGGGCUCUUUCUACCCUCUCGAGAUUACUACCUAAACAGGACUGCCAAUGAGAAAGUACUUAACGCCUACCUGGACUACAUGGAGGAGCUAGGGGUGCUGCUGGGUGGACAGCCAGCCUCCACACGUGAGCAGAUGCAGCAGGUGCUAGAGCUGGAGAUACAACUGGCCAACAUCACAGUGCCCCAGGACCAGCGGCGGGAUGAGGAGAAGAUCUAUCACAAAAUGAGCAUCUCAGAGCUGCAGGCCCUGGCACCCUCCAUGGACUGGCUGGAGUUCCUGUCUUUCUCGUUGUCACCAUUGGAGCUGCAUGACUCUGAGCCUGUGGUGGUGUAUGGGACAGAUUACUUGCAGCAGGUGUCCGAGCUCAUCAGCCACACGGCGCCAAGCAUCCUGAACAAUUACCUGAUCUGGAACCUGGUGCAGAAGACAACCUCAAGCCUGGACCACCGCUUUGAGUCUGCACAAGAGAAGCUGCUGGAGACACUCUAUGGCACCAAGAAGUCCUGCAUACCAAGGUGGCAGACCUGCAUCUCCAGCACAGAUGAUGCCCUUGGCUUCGCUUUGGGCGCCCUCUUUGUGAAGGCCACAUUUGACCAGCAAAGCAAGCAAAUUGCAGAGGGGAUGAUCAGCGAGAUCAGGACUGCCUUUGAGGAGGCCUUGGGACAGCUGGUUUGGAUGGAUGAGAAGACCCGCCGGGCAGCCAAGGAGAAAGCAGACUCCAUCUAUGAUAUGAUUGGUUUCCCGGACUUCAUUCUGGAGCCCAAAGAGCUGGAUGAUGUUUAUGAUGGGUAUGAAGUCUCUGAAGAUUCCUUCUUCCAGAACAUGUUGAAUUUGUACAACUUCUCUGCUAAGGUGAUGGCUGACCAGCUACGCAAGCCUCCCAGCCGGGACCAGUGGAGCAUGACCCCGCAGACAGUGAAUGCCUACUACCUUCCAACCAAGAAUGAAAUCGUCUUCCCUGCUGGCAUCCUGCAGGCCCCCUUCUACACCCGCAACCACCCCAAGGCCCUGAACUUUGGUGGCAUUGGUGUGGUGAUGGGCCACGAGUUGACACACGCCUUUGAUGACCAAGGGCGAGAAUAUGACAAGGAAGGAAACCUGCGGCCGUGGUGGCAGAAUGAGUCCCUGGCAGCCUUCCAGAAUCACACAGCCUGCAUGGAAGAGCAGUACAGCCAGUACCAGGUCAACGGGGAGAGGCUCAACGGCCGCCAGACACUGGGGGAGAACAUUGCUGACAACGGGGGGCUCAAGGCUGCCUACAAUGCUUACAAAACAUGGCUGAGAAAGCAUGGGGAGGAGCAGCAGCUGCCAGCCGUGGGGCUCACCAAUCAUCAGCUCUUCUUUGUGGGAUUUGCCCAGGUGUGGUGCUCAGUCCGCACACCCGAGAGCUCUCAUGAGGGACUGGUCACCGACCCCCAUAGCCCCGCCCGGUUCCGCGUGCUGGGCACCCUCUCCAACUCCCGGGACUUCUUGAGGCACUUUGGCUGCCCUGUCGGCUCCCCCAUGAACCCAGGGCAGCUGUGUGAGGUUUGGUAGACCUGGAUCAGGGGAAAGUGGCUGGCUGUCUCCAGCCCUUGGGGCAGCUCACCCAGCAAGGCUCUUUGCUCCAAGGUUUGGAGAGGGCACAUGCCAGCUGGGCUGGGUCCAGCCCCUCUACACCACAGGUGACAUAAGUCCCAAUCGUCCUUCCUCAACUACCACAUUGUGCCUCUGCUUUGGGGGGUGCCCCUGCCUCCAGCAGAGCCCUCACCAUUCACUGUGACAUCCUGUUGUGUCACCCUGCCUGGAGGCAGCCUGGAUGGGGGCACCCGCUCCUACAGGAAGGAGUCUUCCUCUUGUCCCAAGCUCACUCAGCUUGGUGGCCACAGGGCCUGCUGUGCCUGAUGCGCUCUGACCAUGCGGGACCCAGGUGAUGUGCCUCCCACGCUUCUCCCUGAGGCUCACUUGGUGCCCACUUGGGAGUGGACUCAGCUCCUCUCAGCCCCUCCCUGAGGGGCUUGCCCCCACCCCGUCUCCUUGUGCUGCUGCUUCCAAUACUCCUGCCAACCCUCAUGCCAGGCCUACUGCGCUCGCUCUUAGUGGAGGCCUGAGGGCUUUUACAAGCCUUCCUGCUGCCUUCUGGUUUCCUGGGCUCAGAGGAAAAGUGUGUAUGUUAGGGGAUACUAGUUCCUGUGUUUGAGGUACAAGUCUUAGGGGGUGACUGAUUCUUACUGGACUAAACAGGAAAGCAGAUGGAGCAGGGAGAGGGAAGGACAGAGUUUAUUUUUACAGGGAAGAGGGUGGGGGGGCGGAGUGGUCUUGGCCCUAUAGGAUCCUGUGCCAAUAAAUAGACAUGCAUUAGCCAGCCUGACUCUUCCUUCAGUCCUUUUCACUUACUCAUUUAUUCAUUCCACCAAUAUUUAUUGAGCACCUAUUAUAUACCAGACACUCUUCUAGACACUCAUUUGCUCAUUAGACACAGGGACAGAGAUUUGAAGCCUCUAGAAGACAGAGAAAGAGAGACAGGAUGGAGGAAUGGAAUGAAGUUGAGACUGGCUGGGCAAGUACACCCUCAGCUCACUGGUAGCCAUAUCCCCAUCUCUGGCUGUCAGAGGGAUUUGCUGCUGCCCCCCACUGGUGUGUGCAUCCAAUCCUAAUACCAAUUCUGGGGAACAGUUGGGCCAGGGUUGGCUGGGGUUGGCUUGUAGGAUGGGUGGCCCUUACCCUGCAAAGGAGGGAGCCCUGGCCAAGGUAGCACACCACUCCCUGGAGCUUGGACCACUGGCCUCUGCUUAUGAGUAAGAAGAUGUGUGUUUCCCCAUGGCCUCAAGGGCUAAGAGUCACCCAUCCCACCUACACACACUCAUCGAGGCCUACCAGAAAUUGCAAAUGUGACCAUCACCCUCCAGAGUGAGGGAGGGAAAAGAAGCAUUUACUGAAUACCUCUUGUGUUCUAGGCCCCUCUGCUAGGUGGCUUAUUUCUUUA